AUGACACAGCCUCCCCGCCGACCCGCCGCCACCGAGACCGCCUUCCUCGGCGCCGCGUCCACCCCGAGCCCGCGGCCCGCGCCGACCACCCCGCUCCCGGACGUCCCGCCGUUCCUGCACGGCCCCUCCACCCCGCUGCCGCCGCCGCUCCCGCCCCCGACGGCGUCGCAGAAGCAGCCGAGCCACCAGGACUCCAGCAAGCACCGGUCGCGGCCCGCGCGGUUCGUGCGGUCGGUGCGCGCCGCGUUCCGGUCGUUCCCGAUCCUCCCGGCGCCGUCCUGCCGGGGGCUCCCCUCGCUGCCGCACCUCCCGGGCCUCCACCACGGCGGCGCGGGCGGCGCCGUCAGGAACCACUUCCACGGCUCCACCCGCACCACGGGGACGCUCUACGGCCACCGCCGCGCGCGCAUCACCAUCGCCUUCCACGACAGCCCCGGCAGCCCCCCGGCGCUGCUGCUGGAGAUCGGCGUCCCCACCUCCAAGUUCAUCCAGGACGUGAGCGCCGCGGGCAUGGUGCGCGUCACGCUCGAGUGCGACAAGCAGCAGCCCCCGCCGCCGCACCCGCACCCGCACCCGGCGGCCGGGGAUCCGCUGCCGCGGCGGCUGCUGGACGAGCCGGUCUGGUCGGCCGAGGUGAACGGCGAGAGCGUGGGUUACGCGGCGCGGCGGGAGGCGACGGAGGCGGACGAGCGGGUGAUGCGGCUGCUGUACGCCACGUCCAUGGGUGCCGGCGUGCUCCCCGCCGCCGGCGACCCGGCGCCGGCGGACGGCGAGGUGACGUACAUGCGCGCGCACUUCGACCGCGUGGUGGGGUCCAAGGACGCCGAGACGUACUACAUGCACAACCCGGAGGGGUCCGCCACCGGGCCGGAGCUCACCAUCUUCUUCAUUAGGACAUGA